UGCGGGUUCCGCCUCACUCGUCAUUCACCGCUCUGGGCCCGGCGUCGCCGCCCGCUCGCAGCGCGCGGCCCGGCCCCUCCCCUCCCCCUUACCCCCGGCGCGGCGCGAUGGCGGCGAGCGCGAAGCGGAAGCAGGAGGAGAAGCACCUGAAACUGCUGCGGGAGAUGAGCAGCCUCCCGCCCAACCGCAAGUGCUUCGACUGUGACCAGCGCGGCCCCACCUACACCGACAUGACCGUGGGCAGCUUCGUCUGCACCUCCUGCUCCGGCAUCCUGAGAGGUUUAAAUCCACCCCACAGAGUGAAGUCAAUCUCCAUGACCACAUUCACACAACAGGAAAUAGAAUUUCUACAGAAACAUGGAAAUGAAGUGUGUAAACAGAUUUGGCUAGGAUUAUUUGAUGAUAGAUCAUCGGCAAUUCCAGACUUCAGGGAUCCACAGAAAGUAAAGGAAUUUCUACAGGAAAAAUAUGAAAAGAAAAGAUGGUAUGUUCCUCCAGAACAAGCAAAGGUGGUGGCUUCAGUCCAUGCAUCUAUAUCGGGGUCUUCUGCAAGUAGUACAAGCAGUACACCUGAGGUGAAGCCACUUAAAUCUCUUUUGGGAGAAUCUGCACCAGCAUUGCACUUAAACAAAGGCACACCUAGCCAAUCCCCUGUUGUAGUUCGGUCUCAAGGGCAGCAGCAGCAAGAAAAGAAGCAAUUUGACCUCCUCAGUGACCUUGGCUCAGAUAUCUUUGCUGCUCCUGCUCCUCAAUCAACUGCUACAGCAAAUUUUGCAAACUUUGCACAUUUCAACAGUCAUACAGCGCAGAACUCUGCAAAUGCAGGUUUUGCAAACUUUGAUGCAUUUGGACAGUCUAGUGGUUCGAGUAACUUUGGAGGUUUCCCCACAGCAAGUCAAUCUCCUUUUCAGCCCCCAAAUACAGCGUUCAGAACGCUUUCAUCUAGCUGCAGUUUUGGUGAAUUUACUUCAGCUUUUCCUCUCCAGGCUGUACACAGUGGGAGUGCUGGAUCAGGGAAUGCUAACUUUGCUCACUUUGAUAACUUCCCCAAAUCCUCCAGUGCUGAUUUUGGAGCCUUCAGUGCUUCUCAGAGCAACACAACAGCAACUGCAGCCAGUAAAGCUGCAGUGAAUAAACCAACUCUCCAGUCAGCAGACAAAUAUGCAGCUCUUGCUAACUUAGAUAAUAUCUUCAGCACAGGACAAGGUGGUGGUGAACAAGGAAGUAGUUUCAGCACUGUAGUUACAGCAUCAGCAGGUCCUGUUGUAUCAGCCCCAAGUCAAUCAAGUGCAUCUUCAGACAAGUACGCAGCUUUAGCAGAAUUAGACAGCGUAUUCAGCUCUACAACAACAUCUAGUAAUGCAUAUACUUCCACCAGUAAUGUUAGCAGCAAUGCUUUUGGAACAGUACCCGUGGCUGCUUCCGCACAGACACAGCCUGCAUCUUCGAGUGUGCCUGCUCCAUUUGGAGCAACACCUUCCACAAAUCCUUUUGUGGCUGCCCCCGUUGCCCCAGUGGCACCUUCAACAAACCCAUUUCAGACCAAUAGCCGAGGAGCAACAGCGGCAACGUUUGGCACUGCAUCCAUGAGCAUGCCUGCAGGGUUUGGAACACCUGCCUCCUACAGUCUUCCUACUAGCUUUAGUGGCAGCUUCCAGCAGCCAACAUUCCCAGCGCAGGCAGCUUUCCCACAACAGACAGCUUUUGCUCAACAACCAAAUGGUGCAGGUUUUGCUGCAUUUGGACAGGCAAAGCCUGUAGUGACUCCAUUUGGACAAGUUACAGCUGUUGGAGUAUCUAGUAAUCCUUUUAUGGCAAGGCAGCAUUUGAAUCCUCCUAGAUGCAAUUGAGCAUUCUGAUGACAUGGCAUUCAUAAAGCUGCUCAAAUUGAGACAGAGGCUGGUGCACCAACAGGACAAUAUCCAACAGGAAAUUCAUCGACCAAUCCUUUCUUAUAGCCUUAUAGACACUUUACCCAAAAGAACUCUUAUGUGGUCACUUAACAUCUCUGCGCCUCUUGCACUGUUGUCUUGUUUCACUGAUCUUAGCUUUAAACACAAGAGAAGUCUUCAAAAAAAACAAAGAGCCUGCAUUGUGUUUUAAACAAACCCCACCCACCAGGUAAUAAUGUGCAAAACAGAGGGCUGUGGUAACAUCUUUUAACCUGUGAAUUGGCAGGAGAAAAAAAGUAGCGGUAUCAUGUAUAUUAAAAUUGGCUAAUAAGUUAUCGCAGAUACCACAUUCAUUAUGCUGCAGUACUGUACAUAUUUUUUCUUAGAAAAUAGCUAUUUGUGCAUAUCAGUAUUUGUAACUUUAACACAUUGUUAUGUGAAAAAUGUUAUGGGGAAAAAUAGAUCAGCCAUUUUGAGGUGCUGUUGUAUCUCUUGGAAUGAAUGACCUACAUAAUUUUAACCAUUGCUAUUGGAAGUCAUGAAGUUAAAUUGGAGGUUUUGUUCAUUUCUCAAGAUGUUUUCCUUUCCUAAGAGCUCUUCUAUUUAUACAUGCCUAAGUUCUCUAAUGUAGAGGGAUAUCUGUCUGCAUAAUAAAGCUGAUCAUGUUUUGCUACAGUUUGCAGGUGAAAAAAAAUAAAUAUUAGAAAAAAGAUUUUGUGCGUGUUUGCUGUGUAGGAACAAAUGAGUUGAAAGCAGACGCCCAUAUUUUGGCUUCCUUAGUUUGUGUUCUGUUCAUAGAAGUGGAACUAUAGGCUUUAUAAGCAAGUUCAGAUAAAAGAUUUUUGGGCACACUUGUGGUUCAACUUAAUUCUGUCUAGUGUCAGUCAUUACUUCAUGUGUUUUCCUUAGCUGUCAUUUACAUCAAACUGUUUUGUGGAUAGGAGAUAUUUUGUUUUUUAAGAGAGCUGAAAUCCUUGUACUUGCAUUUAAGGAAUUCCAUUUAUAUUGGAAGGUUCUAUAUUAGAAAGGUGCAGAAGGGAGCCAUGAAGUUUCCUUCUUUCAAAUUAACAUUUUACUUUUAUUUUUGGCACUUAAUCUAGGUUUCCGGUCCCAGGACAGUAUACACCCGCUUAGUUUUCCAUGUUAGUUAAAAUUAUACUUAUUUUUCAUCUAAACUUAUAUUUAAUAUAUUGCUCACCAGAUCUUUAGUCAGUGUUGCUUAAAACAUUAGGUUCUUGAGCUGUUCAUGGUGGCAGACAAUUUUUUUUUUUUUUUUUUUUUUUUUGUGGCCCUUCCUCCAUGUAAUUUUCUCACUUAUAGUAGAAAUGAGCAAUAUUGGCAUACAUGUUAUGGUAUAACUGUUUACAAAAUGGACACAAAUCCUAGUGCUUACAGCCAAGUAAAAAUUUUGGGGGAAUAGAAAGAAACUAUUGAAUAAUGCUGGUUUACUUGUUUUGUUUGUUCUGUUUCAUGCAUGCUGAAUUUUUUAAAGUUGUCCAGAAGGCUUAGGAAUAAAUGGACAUUUAGAGCAUUAGUUGUGCAAAAGUGCGAUAUACUGUGCAUCAGAUUUAGACAUUUGUGUUUAGGCAUUUGUUUAGCUCUCUAGCUACAUUGCGUACAACUGAUGACUUAAUAACAAAAAGUGCUGGAGUGACAAAAUACUUAAUGAAUCUCCAUAGAAAGGAGCUAAUCCGGGGGACAGGGAGGGGGAAGAACACAGGGCAAAGGCAGGAAAAAGCACCUCUGAAUAUUUGGAAUGGACAUUUAAAGGGAACUGUCAUUCUCUUGGAUUUUGGGGAGGGCAUCUAUUGCUAAUUUAAUGGCAGCUGCUCAAUAUAAACUCUGUUUUACUUUGUCCAAAAAAAAAAAAGUUGAUGUGUAUGAUAGUAGUGUGUAGGGCACACAUCCUAUCAACAGGUACCCUGGCCCUGUCGCAUGGUGUAUGAUGUUAGAAGCCUUGCGACUUGGUCACCAUCUUCUUGUCCCUUGCCAUGUCACAUGGUGUAUGAUAUUGGAAACUCUGCCCUGGUCACAUGGCACGUGACAGAACCUCCUGGCUGUCAUUUUGGCAUCCAUUUUGACUGCCAUGCUGGUCCCAGAAUUCCCUGCCCCCCAUAUGGUCUGUGACAUAAGAAGGGCUGCCUAUUAGGGCCCCAAUGACUGCCCCUUAUGCUGCAUGGCCUGCCAUAGACCACAUGGCAUAAAUGCCGCCUAUCAGGUAAUGAGGUGUGGGGGGAAAGGAGGUGGUUGUGACUUCUCUAACAACCCAUCCUACUGCCCUUAACAAAUUUGUGGGGGAUUUCGGAGGCCUCAGGCCUCUCUGAGAGUGGUGCCGAGCCAACCAGGCUGAGUAGACGUGUGAUGUCCAGUCUUCAAGCUCUCGGUCUAUCUGUUUUCCAAAGCCGACCAUAUGUUUUUCUGAGCCCAGGCUAAGGCAGAUGGAAGAAGAUAUGGAUUCUUACAUUAUACCAGUAAGACCCCUCAUCCUUGCUUUAGCACUAAGACUUGUCAAACACUUGCAAAGGAAGCAUUAUCAUAGUGAUAGUUCUGAGGAGAUUUAAAGAGAGCAGUCCUCUAACCCAAAGACUGCCUGAGGUGCCUCAACCUGGUCAGGAAGCCCAUGUGAACAUGCAGCAGGCCUGUGAGUUGGAGGCCCAGUCUUCUGGAGUGGAUGUUGACGAUUUGGGAGAAGAGGGGUACCUUGCUCCAGACCCUGAGUGGGAAGAAGAUAAGGGAGCAGAGAUACUAGUAAGUCUUGAAGCAUGCCUGGGGGGGAGGCUUGGGACCAUGGUGGGGUAUGAAUUGGCUGAGGAUUGAUUAAACAGUGACUAACAAGUUGGGGAGGGGGUGUUUUUUGGGUUGUUUAAUCCCCUUUGCAGUUAGAUUCAACCUUUUUAAUGACCCCAGAAAGCCUGCACACCUGUAACCUGAUACUGGAGAAGAGAAGCUGCUUUUAUAAAGAACAGAGAUCUGGCAUUUCAGAAGACAAUACUGUGACUUUCUUCGAAAAGUAGUUAGGAAUAGAACUAGCAGGUCCUGUUUUUUGUCAAAAACGUAAAAGCAUCAUGAAAGCUCUUGUGUGGGCUUUGGGAGUUUUUUUUGGCAUAAUGAAAUAUUGUUUGAGGCUUUUUGACAAAUGUAUGGGAAGUGUUUUUGACAUGUGGUCAAGGUAGUCAUGAAUGUCUUACCUAGCUAGGUGAAGACAUAAAUCGGACAAUUCAGGAACUUUUGUGAUAAGGUCUGUAUGGAAAGUGUUUUAAAUACUGUUAAUGCCAUAGGCUAUGCCAUGAAUGGUCUCUCUCUCUCUCUGAGAAACGCUUACCCUGGGUAUUCCUAAUGCUACUCUUUAUGGGUUGAUUAGUGAGGAAGAUAAGCCUUUGUUGUCUUACACUGAACACUUAAUUUGACACUAGAAAUGAUAAAAACCCUGCUAAGGAGAAGGGUUUGGGAAAAAGUUUUAAAAUGUAUUUUUACUGGUGUGUGUUCUGCUUUUUGAUGGGUGGGCUUUGGGUUGGGGGGGACUUUAGUUCUGUGAAUGUGUUGUAAAGAUAAAACCAGCAAGACUUGACUACCAUGCUUAUUUACCCCCAUGCUUACAUUAUACUGAGAGGCAAAAUUAUAAACUUUCUGUAACUGAUUUGCAACCGUUAGCUUUUGCUUUAACCACUUGCAUGAGAGCAGAGGACAUUAUAGUAUCAAAACUACAACCAAAUACAGGUGUUCUGAAAAUAUGGAUUUGAACAGCAACAUUGCUAACUAGUUACAGCAGUAUUCACUGUACCACAGACAGACAAACCUGUCAUUGACACUAGAAAUUUUGUAUCACUUUUUUUAUGAGCAUAUUUGGCUUUGUUUGUAUCCUGCUGGUUCAUUUCUUGGGCUGCCCUUGUUGAACCAUUGAAGUGAGACUAAAUCACAACAGUGAUUUUUGGCUGAAUAGUUUGCCAUUUGUUUCAUUGACUUGGAUAUCCAAGUACAUUCAUAUGGGGAGGGGGUUUUGGGUUGAGAGUGAAUUAUUUCUGAGUGUGUUGUAAAGAUGAAAGCAGCAAGACUUAGCUAUCACUUGAAAUGAUAAAUACCCUUCUUAAGAGAAGGAAGGUUUAACAAAAAAACACCAGUAAAUAAAUAUUGUACAGAUUUGAUGGAAAUAAAGACUGUUUUAAAAUA